GGAGGCCGAGCCGGGGCGGGGUCAGCGCGGGGUUGGUAGGGGACGUGCGGAUAGGGAGCCGGGGAACCCGGGGAGCCAGAGCCGGAGGGACCGCGUACCUGCUGCCGCCGAGCCCGGGAGCCAGGAGCAGACGACCGUCCCAAACCCUGACAUGUACAGUGCGCCUGGGAUACCGGCCCUUCUCUACAAACUAGGCUCAGCAGUAGGUCGUCUAUAAUCCCUCAAGGAGAAUUCAGCCAUCUUUCUGUUCAAAAGCUGCCACUUGUCCGGCGAUUCUGUCCAGAUCUCUCUGUCCCUGAGGUGUGCGUUUGUAGCUCCCAUCUUGGUCCUUUCCCACCUUUUUCAGCCCCUCCAGGGCUUGGAGAACCCGACGGGCCAUGCUCUUGGAGCCUCUGCCGAAGUGGCUGGGCAUGACACCCUUUCCCUGACGCCCACCAUAGAUCUUGGUCAUGGAGCCCCGCCCCGCGCUGCCCCGGAGGUACAGGUGCCGUGCUGUGGAAGCAGCUCGUGUGUAGAACCAGUUCUUACCGUAGGGAGUGAGCUCUUUGUGCUUGGCCAGCUUGACAGUGUCCACCCAUUCAGGGACUUUCAGCUUCCUGGACUUUUUGAGGAAGACAGCCAGAGCUCUGACGAACUCCCGCUGGUUCACGUCUUUUACAGUAACUCCAAGCAUUGUGUGGCCUGCGAGCUGCCGGCCGGGGGAAAAGGCCUUUCAACAAAUAUUUACCGAGCAUCCAAUAAGUGUCAGGCACUGGGGACCCAGGGGAGCCAAAGCAGCCCUAGUCUCUACCCUCAAAGAGCUUCCUUCCGGGGGGGAGACCCCUACCAGUCACACAACCUCAUGGACAAACGUGACAGUGACAAGGGGUAGGAAGGAGGGGUGCAUGGUGCUGAAAUAGGCUUGGAGGAGGGACACGAUCUGAAAUCGGAAGGAUGAACACAAGUUAAGGAGCUGAGAAAGGACGGGAAGAGCAUUGCAGACGGAGGGAACCAGCAUUUCCGCGAAGCCCUGCAGCAGGAGGGAGCAGGAGUCAUGUGGCUGGAAAUACUCCUCGCCUCAGUGCUGGGCUUUGUCAUCUACUGGUUCGUCUCCAAGGACAAGGAGGAAACUUUGCCACUUGAAGAUGGAUGGUGGGGGCCCGGGGUGAGGCCCACAGCUGGGGAGGACGAGAGCAUCCGCCCGUUCAAGGUGGAAACGUCAGACGAGGAGAUCAAUGAUUUACACCAGAGGAUUGACAAGGUCCGUUUAACCCCACCUUUGGAGGACAGCCGCUUCCACUACGGUUUCAACUCCAACUAUCUGAAGAAAAUCAUCUCCUACUGGCGGAAUGAAUUUGACUGGAGGAAGCAGGUGGAGAUUCUCAACGGAUACCCUCACUUCAAGACUAAGAUUGAAGGGCUGGACAUCCACUUCAUCCACGUGAAGCCCCCCCAGCUGCCCUCCGGCCAGACCCCAAAGCCCUUGCUGAUGGUGCAUGGCUGGCCUGGCUCCUUCUACGAGUUUUAUAAGAUCAUCCCGCUCCUGACUGACCCCGAGAAGCAUGGCCUGAGCAAUGAGCUUGCUUUCGAAGUCGUCUGUCCAUCCAUUCCUGGCUAUGGCUUCUCAGAGGCAUCCUCCAAGAAGGGCUUCAACUCAGUGGCCACUGCCAGGAUCUUUUAUAAGCUGAUGCUGCGGCUGGGCUUCCAGCAAUUCUAUGUUCAAGGCGGGGACUGGGGAGCCCUGAUCUGCACCAACAUGGCCCAGCUGGUGCCCAGCCACGUGAAAGGCCUGCACUUGAACAUGGCAUUCAUUUUAAGAAAUUUCUACACCCUGACCCUUCUCCUGGGAUGGCGUUUUGGGAGGCUUUUUGGCUACACCAAGAGGGAUAUGGAGCUGAUGUCCCCCUUGAAGAAGAUCUUCUUCAACUUAGUGAGGGAGACCGGCUACAUGCACAUCCAGAGCACCAAGCCGGACACCGUAGGCUGUGCUCUGAAUGACUCUCCCGUGGGACUGGCUGCCUAUAUUCUGGAGAAGUUUUCUACCUGGACCAAUCCAGAGUUCCGAGACCUGGAGGAUGGAGGCCUGGAGAGGAAGUUCUCCCUGGACGAUCUGCUGACGGGCACGAUGCUCUACUGGACGACAGGCACCAUCACCUCCUCCCAGCGCUUCUACAAAGAGAACCUGAGACUGGACAAUACGCAUGAGGGGAUAAAGGUCCACGUGCCCACGGGCUUUGCUGCCUUCCCUUGUGAGUUAGUACACGUCCCAGAAAAGUGGGUGAAGUCCAAGUACCCGAAACUCAUCUCUUAUUCCUACAUGCCCCGUGGGGGCCACUUCGCUGCCUUUGAGGAGCCAGAGCUGCUCGCCCAGGACAUCCACAAGUUCGUGGGGCUGCUGGAGCGGCAGUGACCCUGGCAGCGACCGGCUGUCACCUCGCAGGCAGCCCCUGCCCUGGCAUGGCAGGCUUCCUCCUGACACCCGCCCUUUUCCCCGGAAGCCCCCAGUCUCCCAGCCCAGCUCCCAGUAGAAGUGAGGCUGGCAGGGAGGCCCCUUCCCAGUUCUCUGUUGGUGGAGUUGCCCCUUUUCCCAAGAAUGUGCUUGCUUCCGUCCCCUGCCCGUGCUGGGACCCCAUGCUCUCCCCUCCACACGCACUCCCCACACACUUUGUUAAGCAACAAGCAUGGCUUUGGUGAUAAAUGAUUUUCCUUCUAA